CCGGCUUCUCUUCCUCCCCCUCCCCCCCAUAUCAGUGCGCCGAGCUGAUAAAGGCGCCAUUUUGGACGGGCCGCGGGAGACGUGGUGCCGCUCAGGACUCGCUCUGCCGUACGCUAGGCUUGGUGGGAAGGCCUCUUCUCGAGUCCGCGCUUUUUCGUCGCCGCCAUGUCAGGAGGUGGUGUGAUUCGUGGCCCGGCGGGGAACAACGACUGCCGCAUCUACGUGGGUAACCUACCUCCAGACAUCCGAACCAAGGACAUUGAGGACGUGUUUUACAAAUACGGCGCCAUCCGCGACAUCGACCUGAAGAACCGCCGCGGGGGACCGCCCUUCGCCUUCGUUGAGUUCGAGGACCCGCGAGACGCGGAAGAUGCGGUGUACGGGCGCGACGGCUACGAUUACGACGGCUACCGUCUGCGGGUAGAGUUCCCUCGAAGCGGCCGCGGGACCGGCCGAGGCGGCGGCGGGGGUGGAGGCGGCGGAGCUCCGAGAGGCCGCUAUGGCCCGCCAUCCAGGCGCUCGGAGAACAGAGUGGUUGUCUCUGGACUGCCUCCGAGUGGAAGCUGGCAGGACUUAAAGGAUCACAUGCGUGAAGCAGGUGAUGUAUGUUAUGCUGAUGUUUACCGAGAUGGCACUGGUGUCGUGGAGUUUGUACGGAAAGAAGAUAUGACGUAUGCAGUUCGAAAACUGGAUAACACUAAGUUUAGAUCUCAUGAGGGAGAAACUGCCUACAUCCGGGUUAAAGUUGAUGGGCCCAGAAGUCCAAGUUAUGGAAGAUCUCGAUCUCGAAGCCGUAGUCGUAGCAGAAGCCGUAGCAGAAGCAACAGCAGGAGUCGCAGUUACUCCCCAAGGAGAAGCAGAGGAUCACCACGCUAUUCUCCCCGUCACAGCAGAUCUCGCUCUCGUACAUAGAUGAUUGGUGACACUUUUUGUAGAACCCAUGUUGUAUACAGUUUUCCUUUACUCAGUACAAUCUUUUCAUUUUUUUAAUUCAAACUGUUUUGUUCAGAAUGGGCUAAAGUGUUGAAUUGCAUUCUUAUGUAAUAUCCCCUUGCUCCUAACAUCUACAUUCCCCUCAUGUCUUGGUAAAUUGUAUUUUAAGUGAUGUCAUAGACAGGAUUGUUUAAAUUUAGUUAAUUUCCAUGCUCUUCAGACUGUGAUUAUUGUGUAAAUGUCUAUUCUGCUCUGGUUUGUGUGAAAUGGGAUGUUGGGGGUGUUUGUGGUUAUCUUACUUGGGGAAGUUCUUAUGUUUAUCUUGCUUUUCAUGUGUCUUUCUGUAGACAUAUCUGAAGAGAUGGAUUAAGAAUGCUUUGGAUUAAGGAUUGUGGAGCACAUUUCAAUCAUUUUAGGAUUGUCAAAAGGAGGAUUGAGGAGGAUCAGAUCAAUAAUGGAGGCAAUGGUAUGACUCCAAGUGCUAUUGUCACAGAUGAAAUUGGCAGUAUUGACCUUAUACUAAAAGACAAGGGUUAAAAUUUUUAUCAACAUCUUAAUGUGGUUAUUUCUAGCUGCAAUUGCUUUGCUUUUUAAACCUUGGCAAUUGUGGCAAAAUUGCCCAUUUUGUAACAAUUAUUUGCUCCCUUCCCCCCUUUUUGUUUUAAUAGGGACUAAUGUGGGAAGAAUGGCUAAUUUGUCAGUGCUUAGUUACAACUGUUAAUGUGUGGCCUGCUGUUGGUGUACAUGUGGGUACAGGGUGUCUAUUUCCAAACAGAGUAUAAUAUCAAUACUGCUAAAUCUGCAUGUCCUCUGUGUGACUGAUAGAGCGUUAUUAUUUCAUUUUUUAAAGACAAAAUGACAGCAGAAUAUAGAAUUCCAACGUAUUAGUGUAGAUAAUCUAGUUGGGAGUACUUUAAGUCUCGACUUCCCUUUUACUAUUCAUAAUUGACUCAUGUUUAAAACACUUUAAUUUACAAGCUAAAUUGCAGACGGGAGCAAUAGAUUUAGCUUAGUCUUAGGUGGGUAGCAAUACCAGUAAACUUCAAUUACAUAACUUUGCAACCACAAAACGUGAUACCUGUACAGUAACAAGUGUUGGCAUUAUCAGUUGAAGUGUAAAUAUAAAGUGCUUCUUCCAGUUAGUCUCUGUAAUGAUUAAGUUUCUAAAAUUUAUCUAAACACCAUACAGAAACUUGUUUUGGGGAAUUUGAUAGUUAUUGAUGUACAUCUGUUAAACUGAUGACAGACAUAACUCAUCAUUCCCCAGAAACCUUUUUUGAUUACAGUAUCUAACAUUUUGCCUCCUCUUUUUUGGUUUUGCUGGUUAUAAAGGUUUGGAUUGGAGAGGGCUCACUGGAUCCCAAUCCUUGGAGCUGGAUCAUUGGAUUCAAAUCAUAAUGUGGAUAGGAUAGGGAGGAUGAAUUACCAGGAUUCAUGGAGCGGGAUCAGAUUACCAGGAACAUAGGAGUGGAUUCCUUCCUGCCCCAACCAAACCGCAUUCGUGUGGAUUUUUUUUUCAUUCAACUUAAUUGGCUAUUCCAAAGAGUUUUUUUCCUAUUUUUGACGAUUGGAGCCCUUAAGAUGCACGAUGGAAUUGUGUUUUGCAUUUUUUGGUAAAAGGAGCAAAGCGAGGACCUGGAGAUAAACGCUGGAGCAAUCUCCUUGGAAGGAUUCAGCACGAGUAGAUGGUAAACAUUUAAAGGGGAAAGGGGGGUUUGUUUAAAAUAGUAAAUCAGUAAGUCACUUCUAAAUUUAAAGAAAACAAAAUUGGAGUUGAAAGAAUAAGUAGGUUUCCAAUUGGCUAUUGCCGUUUUUCUUUGAAAAAUAAACAUUUUUUAAAAAACGAUGCAUGGUUGUCCUUUUUCCUCUUCAUGUAAAAUUUUGCUGAGUAACUAGUGUAUCAGCUAUUUCUUUAAAUUGAUAAGAUUCUGACUUGUUUAUGUGUUGUUAGUAAUUAAAGAUAUUAAUCUAAUAAACGAUAAUAACUGUCUCUUACUGUUGUGAAAGUCUUAAGGGGAUAAUAAACUGAGUGUGAGGCAGUCAUGUAUGUAGUACACUAAUGUAGGGGUUAAUAGUCUGGAAAUUAAGCUUUCAUAUUUUGCUAAAGUAUGAUUAAGAACUUAUAGGUACUGUUUAUUUUGGUAAUACUUUAGACAAAAUAGGUUUUUGUACAAAAUUGGUUGAUGGCUAGUAAGUUUUGAUUUUGAAGGUAGCUUUUGAAAUCUUUGGUGACACUCAAAUUCAUUAGUAACAUCGGCAGGGGUAAUAGAAAGCAGCACUGAUCUUUUUGAGUUGUGGACAGUAUGCUGACAUAUUAACUGCUUAUAGGGUGAAUCAAUAUGUCUUGUAAAGCUUUUCAGCCAUAAAGAGUAUUCUGUCCCCAAACUUAAUGUUCUGUAUUAAGUCAGCAAUUAUAUCUUAGUCUAGUCUGUUAGCCCCUGUAAAGCUGAAUCUUCAUCUUGCUUGGAGUGGAGUAUGGUACUUUUAUUUAAAAUCCCAAGCUUGUGAUUUCCUUAUAGUAAGAAUGAACAAAUCACUCUUCAGUAUCCUAAUGGAAGAAACUAGAUUUUUAACUUUUCCUUUGGGUUGCUGGCUGAAUUUAAGGUUAGUCAGGUAUAAGAAAAUUUAGGGGAGACCAGAAUUUUAAUAUGAAAGACAUAGGCUUCAAGAAAUUUGCAUAAGGUCACACAACUUACACAUUUCUAAAGACUGUCCUGGAAGAGAAAGUGAUAGAUAAACUAAGUUCAAAACCAGGAUUUCACUUUAGGUAAAAGCACUUAGUGCAGACUCAUUAAGGUUAAGUAGCUGUAGUUAAGAGAAUUCAAAACAGCAUAAAUUUGCUUUUGAAAAUAAUCCUAAAGAAUUAGCAUAAAUAAACAUGUGAUUGAAAAUUUAAAAGUGAAUAUAAUGUUUUUAAGUACAUUGUAUGAUCAGGAAAGUUCUCAAAUGGUGGAUUCUGUUUUUUUUUUCCUCUGUGUGGCUUUGCUUUGGUCCAGACUUUUCCUAAAAUUCAGUAUAUAGCCAAGGCUGGGCUCCCACUCCAAAGCAAUCUAGUCUACCAAACUCCUGAAUUAAUGAAUGAGCUACUGUGCCCAGUUUACUAGAAUACUUUUGAAAGGCAAUAUGAGCUCAAUACAAGUAAAUUGGCUAUUUUGAGUGCUUUGGAAACAGGACCAGGAAAUGGCCUCUAUUAAAUGAAGUUUAUCUAUUUUAAGUAGUUCAGCCCUAGAUUGAAAUGAAUAAAAAGUAUUCUUUGCCUUUUUAAGAAUAUGUAUGUCUUGAGUUUGAACACUAGAGAGCAGUGUUUGAAAAGUACAGUAAGUUUUAAGUCUUAAGAAAUAGACCUAUACCCAUACUGACAAUUUAUGCCAUUUUGGAAAUAAAAAUACUACCUUGAUUUCCACCCCUUCCCCUUCUCUGUUCCCUUAGGAUAUUGUAGGGACCCUAUGAUUAGUUUUUCUAACCAAGAAAGCACUUAAAUCUCUUUAAGCAAGUACUUUGCUAACAUCUGGUUGAAUAACCCAGCUUGCUGUUCAGCUCAUCCUACUGGAGACAAAAGGUAAGACAUUUUGAUACCUAGUUUGGGGUCUAAAUUUUAAGAACUAAAGUUUGGAAUGAAUAAUUUUCUCUUGGAAUGGUCCCCCCCCCCAGCUUUUUAGUAAUUUUGAAUGUUUAUAUAUCCGCCCAUCUUAAUUCUGGAGUUGAAUGUGAUAAAUUCUAAGAUCAGCUUUUCUUAGUUUUGUCUAUGAACAUGGUUUUGUAGGGUUGGUGCUGUUUUCAGCUUCCUGUGGUCGAGGUCGAUUCUUGGUGUUUGCCUUUUUGCUUUGUAUAUGAAACUUGUAGUUAAAUUACAAAUGAAAUAAAAUAUAUGUAUUUAGUAUUAAAAGGAGAGAAAGUAUUAGACUGAGUUCUGUUGUAACAACCAGUUUUGGCUUAUUUUCUAUCAUGAUUUGAAGAUCAAUUGACAAUCCACAAUUCUGAAAUCUUAAAAACCAUGAGUUCCAGGGAUUGUUUUUGUCGAGCCAAUUGAAUGUAAAAAUCUGGCCAGAAUGAUACCUUCAUUGUAUAAUUAGUGUCACUAAUGAGUUUGCCAGCAGAAAUACUAGUACAUUCUUCAUUACAAAGUUGCUUAGACAUGUUGAAGGUGUUUAAGGUAUAUGGAUAAAAGCCUCAUGUAAAGUAUGAAAACCGUGAAUCUCAAAUACAUCUCUCCUGGGUGGGCAAGGAGUUGAAUGUAGAAUUGUACUAGUAUUGUGGAGGAUUAACGCUGCUGUAUGUAAUUUUGGGAGUGAAUAAAAGGCUGUUACUUUGAAACUCUUA